AUGUCUUUAAAAUUACUAGCUAGUAGUUUUUCUAGAUCUUGUAGGGUUUCUAACAACAUUGGUUUACGUUUCGCUUCAUAUCAACCUUUGGGAGACGCAAAAUCAUUCCCAUUCAGUAAACAACUGCUGGUACCACACAUUGAACCAUCUUCUAUCCCACCAAAGGAUGCACCUUUGAACACCCUUGGUAGAUUCAACCAUCAACUCAAAUACAGCUCAGAAUCUAGUAAAUUUUACCCCUUAUUCAGCCGUAGAGGUCCAAUCAAAUCUAGAAUUCCACCAAGUUCAGUUAUAACUGUAACUUAUUACACAAACCCUGAAAAAACACAUACAGCAACUUUUGCAGGUGUUCUCAUCGGUAUUAGAAGACGCAACAAUGAUGUUACCAUUAGACUUAGAAACGUUAUCAUGAAACUCGGUGUUGAGCAAAUUUUCAGUCUUGGUAGUGGUUUAGUUAAGGACAUACAAGUUCUUAAGAGAGGUAAAAUGCACAGAUCAAAGAUUUACUGGGUUAGGAAUCAACCAAAGGCAUUACAGAAGAUGGCAAGUGGUAUCCAAUCACGUAAGAAGUAG